GGAAUCUCUUAUUGUAAGGUACCUGGCCUAUGUCUAUAUCUAUAUGAUAAAGGAUAAAGACACCAAGUCAAGGCCCUCUCCGUUGGCCGCCGGUUUUGAGACUUAUUACUCGCUUGUGCACCGGCGUUCCUUAUACACAUGCACGGCCUAGGCAAUGGCUUCGUCUCUAACUCCGUCUCUAACUCCUCCUUUCGAGGAUCAACGGAAGAGCAAUUCCUCUCCGUCAAAAAUUACUAAUGACGGAGAUGUCGUUUCUGAGCGCAACUUCACCGGAGAGGAAGAGGAGGAGGAAGAUGUUAUAGAUACUGUCGCAACUCGCCGAGCUUUAGAACGACGGCUUAGGCUCAAGGUCGACUUGCGACUCUGCACUAUCGCUGGUAUACUCUGUUCGCUCAAUUUACUCGAUUCCGGCGUUAUCAGCUCUGCAUCGGUGACGUCUAUGCCGACGGACUUGGACCUCACGGGUAACCGGUUCAGCGUUAGCAUCUUUAUCUUCACCAUAUCGAGCAUUGCCUUCCAGCUACCUUCGACGCUCGCCGUGCGUACAUUCGGGCCCCGUCUAUGGUUUUCCUUCAUUACUUUCUGUUUUGGCCUAAUUACCAUGUGUACCGCCUUCAUUCAGACUUGGCGACAGAUGAUUGCGCUGCGCGUGCUCCUCGGUAUGUCUAUGAGCGGUAUUUAUCCGGGCUUGACGUAUCUGAUUUCAACGUGGUAUCCGAGGAGAGAGCAGCAGACGCGCUUUGCCUUCUUGCAGACUGGCGAAGUUGUUAUCCUGGCUACAGGCGGCAUCGUCAAUUUCGGCCUUAACCAGCUGGAUGGCAAGGGUGGCAUCGCAGGUUGGCGUUACAUGUUCCUGGUGCAGGGCUUGAUCUCCAUUAUCAUCGGGUUCAUGACGUACUUCUGGAUCGUGGAUUUCCCUGAGGAGGCGCACCGAUCUUUUUGGUUCCUCACACCGGAGGAGCAGGAACUCGCCGUCGCGCGCAUUAAUGCCGACCGUAAAGAUGUCGAGCCGGAUCCAUUUUCGUGGGGCAAGGUCUUCGUACACGCACGCGACCCAAAGGUCUACGGCUUCGCGUGCAUGUUCUUCCUACUGAACCUAGUAUCGACUGCGCUGUCUUACUUUUUGCCUAUCAUCUUGCAGAACGGCAUGGGAUUUGACGAGAACCAAUCCAUCCUUUUAUCUGCGCCGCCUUACUAUUAUGCAGUCAUCCCUGUUCUCCUGUCCUCUAUGAUCGGCGACAGAUUUCGCCUCCGCGGCCCCGUUAUCAUCUUUAAUUGCGUCACUCUGAUCGUCGGGUUCUGCAUGCUUGGCUUUUCUGAACAGGUCACCGUGCGCUACGUCGGGACUUACCUCGCGACCGGCGCGUACGUGAGCAAUUGGGCGGCUCUAAGUGCCUACCAAGCGAAUAACAUUGCCGGUCAGUGGAAGCGCGCAUUCACUGCCGCUGCUGUGACGGCCCUAAACGGUGCGGGCGGUAUCGCGGGAAGUUUCAUCGUCCGGUCUCAGGAGGCACCGCAUUAUCUAACUGCGGUGUGGGUUUCCAUUGGGUCGCACAUCCUGAUCAUUGCCAUAGUGGGCGCUUUCUCGGCCUACUUCUUCUUUGCGAAUAAGCUCGCUUCGCAAGGAAAGAUACUUAUUGAGGGUAUAGAGGGCUUCAAGUACACGUACUGAUCCCACGCUAUAGAUAUAGUAUGAGCGAAGCGCUGUCAUUGGAUACAUGUCUGUUAUCGCGGUGAGCUCUUAUCCCACCGCACAUAGCCUUUGGACGCACGAUUAUAUAAACGACGACGUAACGCUUUACGAAUAAUGUCAAUGCUCAAGUUAGAUCUAAAAAUAAAGUCACAGAAAGGAUUAUUAGACUACCUACCUGGCUUAUCCCUUGCUUCAUAAAUACGUAUGACUUCGGAUUAUAAGUAGUGGUUAGAC